AUGACCAAGGGGAAGAGAAUCAACAGGGGGAUGAUGGGAGGAAAGGUUAAAUUGAGCAAGAAAAAAAAAUUCGCAAAGAAAAUGGACGCUCUUAAGGGGAAACUGUAUCGUGCGCUGGGAGAGCGCCUAAGCGGUGACGAGGGGGGGAAGAGGCACCCCCCGUGGGAGACGAAGAUAAGCGGAUGGACCAAUCGCACUGGACAUGAGCCCACUUCUCAGGCGAACAGGGACAUGGAACAGAAAAUGAAAAAGCAGCAGAAGGGGGAGAAACGUGUCCAUAAGGAUGAGGAGGAAGAACAUCAGUUUGGACGUGAUCCCUAUAGAAGUGACCCUUUCAGAGGAAAAAGCCACCCUCGCGCAAUCAAUCCAGAUCGCUACAACGAUCCACAUAGGAAGGAACACAAAGUGAAGAGAAUAGACGGGGUGGACAUAGAGAAGAAAAGAGGAACCCCCCACCGCAUGCAACUGAGAUGGUUACAUGAAGAGCAUGAAAAGAGCUUAAUCCAUUUUAUGAAAAGGAAUCAAAAUCUCAGUUUCAAUAAUUACCUGGAUGAUUUGAGAAGGGUUUAUUUCUGUACAGGAAAAACAACAGACACGUACAGAAUGAUGAUCCGCGACAUGGACACUAAUAUGAGAGCUAUCCUUGGUGUGAAGCAUCAGCAUUCCAGGAGUGCUCCUCCCGAGCGAUCACCAGCAUCGGAAUUGUCAUUACCAGGAUCUGCAUCGUUAUCAACAUCUGCGUGUGCAUCAUCAGCACCAUGCGCAUUCCCUGUAGGGGAAGACCAAGUGAACCAUUUCGUGGAGAAGCAGUACCUGCUAAGCUCCACCAUUGAACUCUUCUACAACCUGGGCAAGGAGGUUAUGUACCUGACCGAGUUGAUGAAAUCCAGAAGGCACGAAAUAGCCAUGAGACAAAAACUCUUAAAGGAAGUUCAAAUUUUCAUAAAGGCAGUAUACCCACAAGUAUACCUCCUCAUUUUUGGAUCAUGCAACACAGAACUUGAUCUUUACAACUCAGAUAUAGAUAUUUGCAUUUACAACAAUGUUGAAAAUGACAGAACGAAUAUAAGAAAAUUAUACAACGAAAUGAAAAGAAACAAGCUUUUUCAAAAUGCAACAAUCAAACAAAUCAUAGGUGCCAAGGUGCCAAUAAUUAAAUGCUUUUUUACACACAUACAAAUUUCCAUCGACUUUUCCUUUAACCAAGUCAGUGCCAUCGUCAGUACAGUAGAGACGCAGAGUUUUUUAAAAAAAAAUCCUCUUAUAAAAUAUGUUGUUAUUUUUUUCAAAAUUGUUUUAUCAGAAUAUAAUCUGAAUGAUGCAUUUCAAGGAGGAAUUAGUUCAUUCAAACUUUUUCUCAUCCUUGUCAAAUUUUUGAAGGAACAUGUCUUCGUUUUUUAUGAAAAAAAUAUCUAUCUCUAUAUCGGAGAAGUGGUUCAUAAGUUCGUUUCAUAUUUGUCACUGUUCAGAGACAAGUCUGAUGACAGUAUGGCUUCCUUCUUCUCCGCAAUAUACAACUACAAUAUACCAACUCAAGCGAUCAACCAAUCUACGCAGUUUGUUGGUCAUGCACCUACUCCCUUCAAGCCGACGCUCCAACUUGUCAAGAGAAGAAGUACGAAAGUUAUUAAAAAACUUUUUAAUCACAUAUUUUGUAAAUUAGGUUUGGCGAACCAGAACUUCAACGAGAAGAAAGGAGAUUUCACAUUUGAUAAAUUAUUUCAAGUCAGGCAAUCCAUGAAAGAAGUUUUAUACUCCCUAGCAGAUAUGCUCAUAUACCUUGUGAGAAAAAAAAACAAAAAUAUUUCUCCGGAAUAUGAUACUGUUAUCUUUUCCGAUGCUCUCUCCAUAGUGGCCUUCUUCCACUUCCUGCGGGAGGAACGGCUCAACCGAUUUUUGCGUGACACUUAUAGAUUCCUUCACCAUAAGGUAGUGUCGCUAUCGAAUAAUGAGAUACCCAUUCAGAUUCCCCCAACUGAUCAUGUCAUCAUCGAUAUUUAUGAUGAGUCAAAGGUGGAGGUAACACAGGAGCAGUACCUCCCGCCGGAAGUUACACGCGCCGAGGUGAACGCACCGAACGGUCAUUUGAGCGACACCCAGGAGGAGAAACAUAAUCACAACACUCACUCGGAUGGUCCUAUCGACGAUACCUGUGACAAGACAGGUAAUAUGGCUGAUCACCUGGUCAAGCGCUCAAAGGAGCUACCCUCCUUCCUGCGCUACUUCCAAUGUGACACCUUCGAUGAGGUCCAAGCAAACGUCAACCACCUCUACCUAUCCAUGGGACACAAAAUAAAUAAUCAGAAUCGAUUCGUAAAGAAAAUUUGCUCCAAGCUCGUAAUUAUCAAUUCCAUGAUGGAUUUAAAUAAACUUCUAUCUAACAGGUUUCAUUACCAUCAAAUAUUUUUGCCUUCAACAGAGGAGAGGAAGUGCAAGGACCCAUCUACUUCGCCCCAUGAAGGUGGCCCACAGGACCUGACCAAGGUGGCUGCGCUCAAAAGGCAGAUGUUAGCAAGCUUGGUCAGGUUUAAAAACUAUGACCCCAGUGAGGUCAUGGGGUUCGAAAUCAAAAACGAAUUUUUUGUGAACAGCGCAAGCACUGUGUUCAAAUGA